AAACCACAAACAAACAACAAAACAAGGCCAGAGGUUUCUUGCUUCCUUUGCUUUAACGAUUUCACCUGUGUACUGUGAGUUUCAUGGCAAACAAUUAUUAUCAUUUUCAUGAAAACACUGUAAAUCAUUUUAUUAACAACACUAUCAAAAUAUUAUUAAUUUGGAAAUAUAAAUAAGCAGAAACAGAACUUAAUUAAAAGUAGUCACAAUUAAAUGCCAAACGCCAUGGAAAAGACAAACUGCAAGAAGCCAUUGCAACCGUCUGUCGGAGGGCGUAAGAAAUCUGGACCGAAGUUUGAGCUCUCCGAAGAACAACAAGCUGACGUAAAGGAGGCAUUUGAUUUAUUCGAUACAAAUUCCACGGGAUUUAUUGAGGUAAAAGAACUUAAAGUUGCCAUUCGGGCCUUGGGCUUCGAGCCAAAGAAGGAGGAAAUCAAACGCAUGAUUGCAGAAAUCGAUAAAGACGGUAGUGGCAAGCUGUCGUUUGCUGACUUCCUACAACUGAUGACCAUGAAAAUGGCAGAAAAGGAUACAAAGGAAGAAAUUCUAAAGGCAUUCCGUCUUUUCGAUGAUGAUGACACUGGUAAGAUUUCAUUUAAGAACUUGAAGCGAGUCGCUCGCGAAUUGGGUGAGAACCUGACAGAUGAAGAGUUACGUGAAAUGAUCGAUGAAGCCGAUUUAGACAACGAUGGAGAGGUCAGUCAGGAGGAGUUUCUAAGAAUAAUGAAGAAAACUAGUUUGUAUUAAUUAAGAGUAUUAUUCCUUAUCAAAUAAAUAACUAUCUGUCUACGUCCUUGAGAAUCCUUACUACAUACAUAUAAUACAAACUACCUACAGACUUUUAAAUUGUAGAAGAGCACCGACAAAUUUAUUUAUAUGCGCAUUCAAUGCAACACUUUUAAAUUUAUAAAAAAAAAAACUAUUUAUUUUAACAGCUAUUGAAAUGAGUUCUUUAUUUUUAAUUGAAACUAAAUAUUGAAUUUUAUAUUUUCUUAUUAAACUGUUUGUAAUGCUUGAAAGAAAUAAAAGACAUAAAUAAAGCUGUGUUAUUGUAUCAAAAAAUA